AUGUGUUCGCUCUUCAUACUGAUUUCGUCUCUAAUUGUUCGAUCCACCUGUCUUCUCUGCCAGCAAUGUGGUGGGGAGCUCUAUAGUGGUGGGCUACGGUUACUGCGCUCAAUGUGUUGUACUGCAACCGCCAUUGAAUGCCCAGUGGGCUUCGUCUGCAUACGAGCGCUUGUCGUUUCAUCCAAAAAGAAUUUCAUUCUAUCCGGAUGUUAUUUUCCAGAAGACGGACUGAUUGGUUGUGAUUCACACACACUUCCUCAUAAUGGUACCAUCCAGCGUUGCGUAUGUGUGAAUCAAUCUUGUCAAUCAUAUUUUCCAAAUGGGACCUGCACACAAGGUUUAGACACUCUAACAAGUUUCAACAGUUAUAAUCGAAAGCCAACAACACGGACUACUCAUACACUCAUUUCAUCAGCUACAGCAAAUCGAAUCGGAGAAUUUCAUUACGCUGGGCUUCCGAACAAGCUUCCUGCUUCGUCAGUUUGGCGACGACACUUUCUGCUUCAUAUUGCUUUAAUAUUUAGUAUAGUUGUUUUUUCAUAA